CAAAGGAGUAAGGAGUCGAGGUGAAGGGCGAUGUCUCCUAGGGAGGGUGGGCUUCGACCAGGGCUCAGCGGAGGGCGGCUUCCUAGGCUCAGUGAGGACUCUCUGCUGGUCACAGCGCUGUGCCCAAGGCCGGGCGCUCCAUCUCCAUCCGUGAAUUGCGCUCAGGAAAGGCUUGCGCCCCUCCAGGAAGCCCGCGCCGCCUGGGCCCUUUUGGUCAGCGCCUCAGAGCCCACAGCCCUUCCUGGCACCGGGGCCGCGGCGCGUCUCAGGACGCCCGGCACUAUCGAGCAGGCGGUGGAAGAGAUCAGCGUGGUGGUGCGGCCGGUGGAGGACGGCGACAUCCAGGGCGUGUGGCUGCUGACCGAGGUUGACCACUGGAACAACGAGAAGGAGCGGCUGGUGCUCAUCACAGACCAGGCGCUGCUCAUCUGCAAGUACGACUUCAUCAACCUUCAGUGCCAGCAGGUGGUCAGGGUCGCCUUAAACGCAGUGGACACCAUCUCCUGCGGAGAGUUCCAGUUCCCCCCGAAAUCGCUCAACAAGCGGGAAGGCGCUGGGAUCCGCAUCCAGUGGGACAGGCAGAGCCGCCCUUCCUUCAUGAACAGGUGGAACCCGUGGUCCACCAACAUGCCCUACGCCACGUUCACGGAGCACCCCAUGGCUGGCGCGGAUGAGAAGACGGCGGCUCUGUGCCAGUUGGAAAGUUUCAAAGCUCUGUUAAUCCAAGCUGUCAAGAAAGCCCACAAAGAGAACCCUCUGCCAGGACAAGCCAGCGGCGUGCUGGUCUUGGACCGCCCCCUCCUCAUCGAGACCUACGUGGGGCUCAUGUCCUUCAUUAACAACGAGGCCAAACUGGGCUAUUCCAUGACCAGGGGCAAAAUAGGCUUCUAGGCGGCGCCUACAGGUGCACUUGGGGACGUGGGGCCUCAGACCUCGGGCUGCGCCGCUGGGCUGGUGGUGUCGGGCCAUCAGCCUUUAGGGAUCUGAGCUUUCACCGGAUUUGGGAUGUCUGGUAAUCGGAGGCGCAGACCGAGGCCAGGUGCGUCCAGCCGUCCCUGGGGCCGCCGUUCCGUCUUCUAGCACACGUAUCCCUGUUUCUCCCGGAGUGUCUCCACUUGGCUUCUCGUGGUCCUUCCCAGCGCAGCCCUCCAGCAUGUGAAUAAACAUGCCCCCACCAGGGCCCCCGCUGGCACUCCUCCCGUGUGGCUGUGUCCCCCGGGGAGGGCCCUACGCCCCGGUGUCCGGAGCGGCCAAUACGUUUGUACUCGGUGUCGAGUUUUGUACGUUGAAAUGUAAUCCAUUUUCUUAAUGGAUCUAACAGGCGACGGUCUGCCUCGGCGGCUCCCAAACACACAGUUGCUUUAGUGCAAACACGUCUUUGACCUGAAGUCCCCCUUUUGCUGAAAUUGUCUUGUGUUCGGAGUUCUGGCGUCUUUCCCGGCCCAGUUCGCAGGGACUCAUCUUUAGGCUCCUCGUUAACUGGAGACGGUAGGUGACAGCUCCCGUGUUUCACGUCCGCACCGUCACGGUCACAGUUACGGUGGCGCUCGUCACGAAGCCGCUGGCACCCGGCAUGUCACCGUGGCGCCCACCAGGUCCCAGGCUUUAUUGGUGUUGCCCUGAAGGUGCCUGAGCCUCGGCCCGCGGAGCGUGUCCCCGUGGGAACCAUGGCCCCCCGCCCGCAGCCCCUCGCCCUCCGCUUGCUGGCUUGUUAGCGGCCUUGCUGGCUGGCUCUCCGUCCUCCUCGCUGACGCCUCUGGCGUCGCUGUGGCCGCGAGGAUGAGACCCGGGUGGAGGCUGCCUCCUGACCGCCAGGGCCCUGAACCUUUGCAUUCGGUCUCACAGUAAAAACACUUACACUGAGAA